CUGUUUCUGACAUUAUCAUAGUUCUUCCUUACACAGUCCCUAUUUCUGUUAAGCCUGGGAAACACCUAAAUAGUUGGACACAUUACCAUUUGAUAUUCUUUAUUGAGUUUACGGUGUCCGUCGCGAUAAGAAAUGGGAGGCCAGCGCCACAGCAAAAAUGCUGGUGUCAUGGGCUCCGAGUGCUUGACAUAUGCCGAACGUAAGGCAUUAGGCUUUGGCACAGUGAAAGAGCGUCUUGGAAAGGAUUCGCUUGGCAAUUAUGACGACUGCUGCUUAACUCUAAUGGAGUCGAAGGACCCCGUGAUAACACCCGAUGGCUACUUGUACAGCAAGGAGGCUAUCUUAGAAAACCUCCUGGCCCAAAAGAAGGCCAUCAAGCGCAACCUGCAGGCGUACGAGGCGGCGCAGCAGCAGGAGCAGCAAAAGGAGAUGGAGAAGCAGGCGAUCGAGCGGGAGGCGGCCUUGAUUGCGUUCGAUCGGCGAAACCAUCUGGGCGUCAGCGAGGGCGUGGCGGCGAAGCUCGAGGCGGCGAUCGUCAAAGAGGCGGAGGCGCUCCGAAACCCCAAACAAGCUGGCGGCGCCAAAUCAGUCAUGGCCAUAAAAGACAACGAAGACCGGGCAAAGGAGCUGAAGGCAUUCUGGAUGCCUUCCCUGACUCCCGAGGCGGAUGCCAAGGUGGAGAAGCCGGACACGGAUACACGGUGCCCCGCCAGCGGCAAGAAGCUGCGAAUGAAGGACCUCGUGGCGGUGCGCUGGACGCCUGUGCCUGAGGGGGAGCCCGGGAAGCACAUGGACCCCGUCACCAAGGAGACCUUCACCAACUCCUCCAAGUUGGUGGUGCUGGCAACCACGGGAGAUGUCGUACUGAAGGAGACGUACGAGAAGUGCAUCAAACCCGAGGGGAGCUUCGCGGGGAAGAAGGUUCGGGAGAAGGACGUCAUUGAGCUUAAGACCGGCGGCACCGGCUUUGCGGCUCGAGAUGGGGAGCGGGUGCAAACUCAGAAGGUGAAGGGGCUUUUGAUAAUGGGGUGUGCAGCAGCUUGGGUGCGCAUCGGCUGCGGCAGUAUUUCCAACUGGGACCUGGCAACGGGUUGCGCGACUUACGAGGCCAGCACCAAGGGCCGCGUUCUCUAG